AUGUUUCUGUUACAGGAACAUCAAGCGCUACAUUAUGAGCUGCAUAAAAACAUUGCUUUGCAGCGCCGCGUAACCUUGAGCCAGGCGGAGAAGAUCCAGGCUGCUAAAGAAGAGAAUGCAGAACUGAAGAAACAACUGGCGGAAGCCCAAGGUGCAUCUUCUUCCCUCGCCACAGCCUCGUCCGAACUCGAGAACCUGCGCUCCUCUUUUCAAGAUCUAGAGACGAAGCUCGCGGAGGCGGAACAGAAGCGAGAAUGGGCGCAAAAGCAGCUGGCGGAGAAGAACUCCAAACUUAUCAAGAAAGAGGGCGAAUUUGCCAUGAAACAAAAGGUUGACAGCGACACUCUUCAGAAGCAGCAGAAAGAAAUUAACGGGCUCUGGAAGUACAUGGAUACUGUGGAGAAGCACUGUGACUUACUCAACGCGGAUGUCAUGGAGCCUCUCGAAUACGACGAAGAGCGUCGGAGCCAGUUUCCCCGUGAUGACCUUCUUCAGCUUGCCGGAGAUGACUGCAAAGACCUUAUCUCAACCUGUCGGAAGAUUUGCCAUAAUUUGGCGAUUAAGAAGAGCCGUACUUGCGAUGUCCGCAAGCUUAUGCAAAGGAUGGACCUUCUUCCGGAGCUGGUUGUAUAUCUUUAA